AUGGAACAAUAUCAAAAAAUAAUAAAAAAUUAUUUAAAUGAACAACUAGGAAUUAAUAGUAAUAAUAAUAAUAAUUUAAAAAAAGAAAAAUCAAUAAAUCAAAAAAAUCAACAACAACAAGAAGAACUUCAAUUUGAAAUUGAAAAUAUACCACCAUCACCACCUUCAUCACCAAUUAUUCAAAUGUCACAAGAAUUUAUUGAAAAUUCAUUUGCAGAAGAUAAUGAGGAAGAAGAAGAAAUUAUAAUAAUUAUGACCAAUUCAAAUUCAAGUGAAGAUAAUGAAAUUAAUGAAAAAUUAAAAGGAUUGAAUAGUGUUUGCAGUGGUGGUGGUGAUUUUAAACAUCGGGUUAUUGUUGAUAAUUUAGUGGUUUCAUUUGAAAUGGAUGAAAAACAUAAAAAUCAAUUGAAAUUAGUUCAACAAAGAUAUAAUAAAGCUAAACAAGUAUUUGAAAUACUUUUAAAGCAAUCAAAUCAAUAUUUACAACAACCUCAAAAAUCAAUUAAAGAAAGAAAUGAAAAAAUUAAAUCAAUUCUAACUCAAUUUGAAUAUGAACAAUACAUUCAAUCACCAUUUAAUUUCUUUGGUUUAGUUUCACCAAAAGUUGGUGUUGAUAAGGGUAGUUUAGAAUAUCUUUCAGAGAAUUAUUCACAAUUCUCUUUAAUCACAAUGGGUUAUCCAUUACAAUUUUUAAAAUCUUCACUUUGUAAAUUUAAUAAUCGUAUUCCACAUUUAUUUAAAGUUUCCCAAUAUGAUCGUUCAACUAAAACUUUUCAAAUUUUAAGAAAUUUAAUUAAAAAAAAUAACCUAUACUUUGAAAUGUAUUUUAAUUCAAUUUGUUUAAUUAAUAGAAAUAUUUUAUCAUUAAAUCAAAAUAAUUUUAAUAAUAAUUUAAAUAAUAAUUUAAAUAAUAAUAAUAAUAAUAUUAAUAAUGAAAAUAUUAAUAAUGAUAAUAAUAAUAAUGAAUUAAUUAAUAAUAAUGAAGAAAAUAAUGAAGAGAAUAAAAUUAAAUUUAGUGUAAAUUUAAUUAGAAAAAAUAAAAAUAAACAAAUAACAUUUUGUAAAUUAGUAAUACCACAACCAAAUUCAAUCGAAAAAUAUUCAGUGAUUUGUUUUGAAGGAAAAGAAAAUGAUAUGGUUUCAAGUAGAAUAGAAUAUUCUUCACAAGAUAUUUUAGAUUCAAUUAAUAAUUUUAAAAAGAAAUUUUUUAAUAAAACUGGUUUAAAUUUUAAUUUUAAUUUAAAUAAUAAUUUAAAUAAUAAUAAUAGUAAUAAUUUAAAUAAUAAUAAUAAUAAUAAUAAUAAUAAUUCAAAUAAUAAUAAUAAUAAUGAAAAUGAUGAAAUAAAAAAACAAUUAUUAGAAUUAUUUCCAUUAUCAAAAAAAGAAAAAAGAGAUAAAAAAUUAAAUCCAUAUCAAUAUAAAAUAGUUGAUAAUAAUUGGCCAUUAAAAAAUAAAAUUCCAAAUUUAAAAAAUAUUAUUUUUUCAGUAAUAAGAGAAUUAAUGUUAAUUAAUUCAAAUUAUUUAAAUGAAUAUUUAAUUAAAUUACCAAUUGAUUUAAUUGAAGAUUUAAUAAAAAAUUGUAAAAGAGAUAAAACACCAAAUGGAUUUUAUUGUUUAAAAAUAUUAGUUGAUAAAAUUCAAGAAAUUAAAUAUUUUAAAAAUGUUUCAAUUAAAUUACCAUCAAUUGAUAAAAUGAUAAUUUCAUCAAAUCAACAUAAUAGUUGGUUUUCAUUUUUAUAUGAAAAAUCAAUUUCUCAAGAUAUUUUUAAUUUACAAUAUAGUCAAGAUUUUAUGAUAAAUGUUUAUGAAAAUUUAGAUUUAUUCAUUUUAAAAGAAUGGCCAUUUAAAGAACAAAUUAUUAAUAUUAUUAAAAAAGAGAAUUCCCAAAACUAUUAUUGUCAAGGUAAUGGUAAUGGUAAUGGUAAUGAUUGUAAGAUUGAUCAAGAUAUAUCAAUUGGAAAACCAUCAAUUGUUAAUAAAAUUGAAUUUUUAAAAUUAUUUAAUCAAGAAUCAAACUAUAGACUUUUAAAUAAUUACGGAUUCAAUUGGUCAAAUACAGUUAUAUCUGGUAAUUUUAUAACAAUGUGUUUAUUGGGUGAAAAAUAUAAAUCAAAUUUUCAAGAUACUGAAAUUGAUAUAUUUUUUUAUGGUUUAGAAAAAGAUGAAAUUAUUAAUAGAAUUCAAAAUUUUAUUAAAUUUUUAAAACUCUCAAAUCAAUGGAACCAAUAUUCAAUUUGUAAAACUUUAUCAGGUUCAAUAGUAUUAUCAAAACAUUAUCCUUUUAGACAUUUAAAAUUCCAUUUAGAACCGUAUGUUAAUAAGAAUCAUAUUUUGGUUUGUUGUGAUAUUCAUUCAAAUGGUUUCAUAUUUGAUGGUGAAAAUAUUCAAACUCUAUUCAACUCUAUCCAAUCAAUCAAUUAUAGAUGUGAUUUCCUUUCAAAAGAAAGUUGGAUGUUAAAUGGCGAUAUUAGAUAUCAAAGAAGAAUACUUAAAAAUAUUUCAAAAGGUUUUAAAUUAAUUUCUUUUGAUUUAAAAUUUUUUAAAGAAAAUUUUAAUUUUAAUAAUAAUCAAGAAAAUCAAGAAAAUGGUAAUAAUAAUAAUAAUGGUAAUGAUGGUAAUGGUGAUGAUGAUGAUGAUGAUGAUGAUUUACAAUUUAGUUCACAUACAAAUCAUUCUGGGUUAGCAUUAAUAGUAUCUUGUCAAAAAAAUGAUGAUGUUGUUUUAUUUAUAAAAUCUUCAAUUUUACCAAUACCAUAUGGAAAAGAUAUAAAUAAGGAAAGAUUUGAAGAAAUGAUUAAUGAUCAUUCUUUAAUAUCACGUUAUCAAUCAAUCAAUGAAACUUAUUUAGAAUUAAUUAAAAAAUAUCCUUUACAAUAUCCAAAUAAUAGAAAAUAUACAACUCUUUCUUCAAAUAUGUUUCCAUUUAUUAAUAUUCAACCAAGAUUUACUUUUGAUAUAUAUACAAAUAUUGAAAUUGAAAAUUAUAUAAUUGGAAACCAAUCAUCAUCAGUUGAUAUACCACCACAGCAAGAACAACAAACAUCUAAAUGGUCAACAUCAUAUUUACUAUCUUUAAGAUCAUAUAAAAAAUCAAAUGAUUAUUCAUCAACAUUUAUAAAGGAUAUUGGGUAUGACAAAGCAAUUGAUACCCAAGAUGUUUUUUUAAUAUGUUUAACAUGUUCAAUAGUAUCAUUAUGUUGUAAUUUUGUAAUAUUAAUAUUACAAUUAAUAAAUUUAAAAGUUAAAAGUAAACACAAUGCAUUCUUAAUGUGUAUUCUAUCAAAAGUUGUUGGUUUCAUUUGUUUAGUAUUCAAUAUUGGUUCUGUAUUAUAUCUAUUAUCAUUUAGACAAUAUUUCGAUAAAGAAUGUAAUUUAUUAGGAAACUGUUUAAUUACACCUCAAAAUAGUUCAAGUAGUAGUAGUAGUAGUAGUAGCACUAGUGUCAAUGAUGAUCAAGAUAGUAUUGGUUAUAAUGCAAAUAGUGCAUUGGAAUUUAUUGGUUCAACUGAUACAACUUAUUAUAGACCACAUUUAGGUUGGUUAUUAAAUGCAAUUGCUUUCUUUUUUAUAGUUGGUGGUAUCUCAUUUCUAUUUAUACCAAAAGAUAAAAAGAAUAAACAAAAUAAAUAUCAACUCAUUGUUUAA